AUGGCCUGCAAGGCGCCAUUCGCAAGAUACGAGGAUCACAUGGUUCAGUGGGCCAGUGCAGCCACCAGCGCUCUUAGCCUGUGGUGCACGGACCUUGGGGAAGGAUUGCUUCCAGAGCUGGUGGAAUGGAUGGGAUGGUCGGACACCGACUCGGAGGUGCAGACGGACAGGAAGAUGAUCUCAACGCCUCCUUCUGGUGAGCUUUAUGGGCUUUCCAAGAUGAUGAACGGGAAACCGACAACGAAGCCAUGGGGGCUUCGGGUGGAGGAGCAAACUCUGGAGGGGCAACUUGAGUCCGAGAUCAACAAUGUGGCGGAGUGGCGCUCCGACGCCAACGUGAUCCAGGAGCAGCAGAAGGAGAAGUGCACGAAGGGCGCUUUUCGCAGGCGCAUCUUCGAGGCCGCCCGCAGGACCCGCGAGGCCUCCAUGAAGAAGGUCUUCGGCGUGCUGUGUGUGGACGACGGCUUGACUCAGGCAGACUUGGUCGAGGUGGACGUGGACGGGACAGAUCUGACGAGGCACCGCAUCGUCUGCCGUGGGAUUACCCGAGCGAGGCUCAGGAGCGAUCAUCUCGAUGAGGAGGCCCUUGCAUCCAUCCGGGCCAGCUUGUUUCGCCUCUGUCAAGGACAACGGCCUCUUGCCGGCCUCACUGUCGACCUGGGUUAUCUGUGGAUGAAGCAUCAGCACGCCCUACGCCAGCUUGUUCCACGUUGGCUGGUGCUGACGACGCCACUUGUGCAACUGCCCUUGAUCCGGACAUGCUUCAGAACCGUGGAUGCUACACUGCUGGUCGUAUGGGAAGAUGCUUCAGUCUCCGAGCUCAGUUGGCUAGAAGCAUCGUCAAACAUCCGCAUCGACGGCCAGGUGGAGGUCAUUGUAGUUCGCGCCUCCCAGCCAGAGUCAGCGUGGUCCUCUUUCCCGGACCAAAAGCAGGCCCAGGCCCCUCUUUUGUUGGACUUGGUGGAAAGGGUGCAGAUCAGGCUGGCGGAGUUGUCUCGCAAGGACGUCGCUGUUAGCAGCAUCCUUGUGGACGGUGCAUUGAGCCGGUUCAGCAAGGGCUUGAGAAAUGCCACGCAGCUGCCCGUCUUUGAUGAGGUGUCCAUGAUGGGCCUUUUCAGUGCUGCCUCCUCGCUGAGCGAGUUCAGCGAAGCCAGCGUCCUGGGUCGUUUGGAGGACAAGCUGCAACGGAUUGGCAACGGUCAGAACUCCGUUCGAGGCCGGGUGACAGAAGGCCAGCUGGGACUCGUCCAGUUGGACUCGUAUGAGUACGUGCGGGCCGUGGGCGACGCUGACCAUGAGAGCACCUUCAGCUUCCAGACCAAUCCGCGCGUGGCACAAGGCUUGAGCUUCGAGAAGGCGCAGACAGCAGCACAGGAGCCCGUGAUGUUGGAGAGCUUGAGGCAGGCGGCCAAGGAGAUGGAAACGGCGCACUGUUUCGGCAUCGCGGGGAACUGCGGCUUCAUGCAAUUCUACCAGGCGUUGGUCAGGGAGGCUGUCAGCGUGCCCGUGUUUCUGAGUGCCCUGGUCCAAGUGCCCACGAUGGCUGCGGCCCUCGACCCUCGCGACAGGAUCUUGAUCCUCACUGCCAAUGAGACCUCCUUUCGGGAAGCGCAGGAGCUCCUGCUGCGCGCAGAGUGCUGCAACAUGGCUUUGGAUCAGAUCGUGGUGAGAGGAUGCGAGGAUGUGCCAGGUUUCGAGGCCGUGGCCAAGAUGGAGCAAGUGGACACUCAGAAAGUGGAAAACAGCCUCAGCCAGUUUGUUGAGGAGAUCCUUGCUGAAGGCGAUGGCGCCUUCAUCAAGAUGAUCGUCCUGGAGUGCACGGAGUUACCCCAUUAUGCCGCCAGACUGCGCCGAGUCAGUGGCUUGCCCGUUUUGGAUCUCGUUACAUGUGCCAACUUUUUUGCCAAGGUAUUGGUAGGGAGCUUUUGA